CUUCACCUUAAUUACUCCAACGCAUCUCUCUCUCUCUCCCCCCCUCUCUAUCUCCUUAAUCUUCUUCAGUGCCUGUAGCUAGCAAACUCAACAAGAAGAUGACACUAACCCAAAUUCCUGAGAGAUCAUCAAUAGAUAUGGAAUCAUGUGUACCUCCAGGAUUUAGAUUUCAUCCAACUGAAGAGGAGCUUGUGGGGUAUUACCUCAAGAGGAAGAUAAACUGUCUAAAAAUCGAUCUAGAUGUUAUUGUUGAGAUUGAUCUCUACAAAAUUGAACCAUGGGACAUACAAGAUAGGUGCAAGCUAGGAUAUGAGCAACAGAAUGAGUGGUACUUUUUCAGCCAUAAAGAUAAAAAGUAUCCAACAGGCACAAGAACUAACAGGGCCACUGCUGCUGGGUUCUGGAAAGCAACAGGAAGGGACAAGGCUGUGAUGUCCAAAAACAGAAUAAUAGGAAUGAGGAAGACCCUCGUGUUCUACAAAGGACGUGCUCCAAAUGGAAGGAAAACAGAUUGGAUUAUGCAUGAAUAUAGGCAUCAAACCUCUGAACAUGGCCCUCCACAGGAAGAAGGAUGGGUUGUGUGCCGAGCAUUUCGAAAGCCAAGUCCAAGUCACAGGCAAGGUUUUGAACCAUGGUGUAGUAGCAGUCAACCACACUAUUUCAGAGAUCAAAGCUACACAAGGCCCUUAUCAAUUGCAGACAUUUUAAAUGACACAAAUGUGCUUCAUUCUGCUGAAGAUACAAGUUUUAGUCACUCCUUCAGUUCGGAUCAGCAACAGUUAAUUCUAUCAAACCAAGCUGUUUUGGACAAACAACUCAUUGAGCUUCCACAGCUAGAUAGUCCCACUGCAAGUUUGGCAAUUAAAGAAUGUAACCAACAACACCAUAAUAAUGGCCUAACAAAUGAAGAGUAUUGCAGUGAUGAAAGGAGCAAUAACUGUGCACAACAAGGUAUUGAUUGGAAGAGCUUGGACAACUUGUUUGGGUCACAAUUGACCGAUACAUCUUUUUUUUCACAUCCAAACUUGCCCAUGAUGAUACCUCAUAACCAUGAGCUACAAGCUCAGAAUCAAGCUAGUCACAUCCUAGGAUGCUUUCCUGAUUCAUAA